UCUCUAGAGUUAAUUAAUAAACACAACAUCGUCUCUCCCAACUCCAUAGUCGUCUCUCCCAACUCUCUCAGUCUCUCUCUCUCUCUCUCUCAUGGAUACGGAAUCGACUGAGUUCCAGAGGGCCGAAAUGGAGGCAAUUCUCGUGACCGACUCAGAAGAGGCAUUUGAAACUUUAAUUUCCGAUGAAAUGUGGAACUCAGAGGAAAAACAUCUGGAGGCUAAGUCAAUGUUCAACCUGAUGAAGCACAAGGAUCCUGAGUCUCUUGCUAAUAAUCUUAUUGACUUUCUCUGCUAUUCCGAUAACCUUGAUUCCCCUCUAAGGUGCGCUGUACUCCUCUGCGAGUUUCUUAGUGAUCAGGAUGAUGACAUUGACUGGUCCACUUGGGGCAAUCUAAGUGAGGGGACUCAAUCAAGCAUUAAGCAUGUUCUUCUUAGUCAUAUGAAGAUUGAAGAAUCACAAUCUGUUAUAUUAAAGCUUUGCGACACCGUUUCAAAGUUGGCUGCUUCACUUCUCCCUGAUAACAACUGGCCUGGUUUCUUUUUUAACCUUGCAGUUGUCGGGAACGAACCAAUAUUCCGCUGGGUGACAAAUAUGCACUCGUUAUUCCUAAGUUUACUAAAUGAUGAUACUUUUAAUGUUGAAUUGAGGAUGGAUGCCCUGAGUGCUGUGACUAGCCUCAUUCAGUUCAUACCGAAUUCAAAUGAAAAACAGCGUUUUCAGGAUCUAUUACCAGGUAUGAUGAGGACGCUGACGUUGGCUGACGCAUUGAGCAACGGUGAGGCAGCCCGGAAAACGCUUGAAUCCCUUUUAGAAUUGGCCAAGUAUGACCCUGGUUUUUUCAGGCUGCAACUAGUUGUUGUUGUGGGUUCAAUAUUGGAGAUAGCUGAGGAGGAGAAAUUGGAACAAGGGACAAGGUACUUAGCAAUUGAAUUUUUGAUAACUUUGGUUGAGACGAGAAAGAGGGCCCCAGGAAUGAUGAAGAGGCUGCCGUUGUUCAUUAACAGAUGCUUUGCUAUGUUAUUAAAGUUAACACUAGAUACUAAGGAUGACCCAGCUUGGCAUACUGCCGAGACUGUGUAUGAUGAGACAGGGGCAACAAUUAACUACCACGUUGGUAUGAAGUGUUUAAAUCGGUUUUCUGCUGCAUUAGGAGGUAACGCUGUUGCUCAUAUUGCUAUAGAGCAGAUAUCUGCUUACUUGGCUGCCCCAGAGUGGGAGAAACGACAUGCAGCUCUCAUUGCACUUGCUCAUAUUGCCAAAGGUUGCUUAAAGGUGAUGAUUAAGAAUCUGGAGCAAGUGGUCGAUAUGGUCCUAAAUUGUUUCCAAGAUCCUCAUCCUCGAGUCAGAUAUGCCGCUUGCUAUGCAAUUGGCCAGUUGUUGGCUGAGUUCUCUCCACAUUUGCAAGAACAAUUCCAUACCCAAGUAUUGCUUGCAUUGUCAGCAGCUCUGGAUGAUUUUCAUUCACGAGUGCAGGCAUGUGCAAUGACAGCUCUCGUGGACUUCGGUGUGCCUGACAAGCCAGAAACUUUGAUACCUUACCUAGAUGAUUUUGUUAACAAACUGCUUGUACUAAUGCAGAAUGGCAAGCAACUAGUCCAACAAGAAGCAUUAAGGGCAUUGGCUUCUAUAGCUGAAUCUGUUGAGGGGCACUUCCGAACGUACUAUGACACUGUUAUGCCGCACUUGAAAACUGUCCUGAGAAACACAGAUCUUAAAUCUAAUCUCAUUCUUCGUGCCAGAGCAAUAAAGUGCAUAAGCUCUGUUGGGCUUGCUGGUGGAAAAGAGAAAUUUAGAGAUGAUGAAAAACAGGUUAUGGAAGAGCUUAUGUCAUUACUAGGAAUAUUACAAAUGAAGGCGGUUGAUCCUGUUACUUAUUACAUGCUAAGCGCAUGUAGUAACAUUUGCAAGUGCCUGGAGCAGGAGUUUCUUCCGUAUAUGAAUGUAGUCAUGCCCUUUUGUAUUCAAUGUGCUCAACUUAAAUUAGAUAAUAAAAGUAUAGAGAAAGUCAAGAAAAGAGAUGUCCUAGAGGUGAAAACUAAAGCCUGUAAUUUGCUAUGCUACUAUGCUGAUAUAUUGAAGGAAGAUUUCUACCCAUGGAUUUCCCAGGCUGUUUCAAUCUUUGUUCCGCUUCUUGACUUCUAUACCCGCGAGAUCAGGGCAUCUGCUGCAAAAACCAUGCCCAUCUUGUUGCGUUCUGCUAAACUGGCUGUUAAGAAAGGGAUUGCUAAAGGUGAAAGUGAGUCAUCCACGAAGAACUUGUCAGACCAUAUAAUACUGUCUUUGCUACACGCUAUACACACGGAGUACGUGACAGAAACAUGUGCAAUCAUGCUAGAUAAAUUGAACGACUGCCUGCAGAUUUGUGGACCACUUCUCAGUGAAAGUCAGGUUCGUAGCAUCGUGGAUGAAAUAAAGCAUGCCAUUACAAAAAGUUCAGAUAGAAAACAAGAACUCACGGAGAGAGCGAAAACAGAAGACUUUGAUGCUGAGGAAGCUGAAUUGUUGAGGGAGGCCGAAAUAAAGCAAGAAAGCGUAGCUUUCGGCAAUGUUGGUGAAAUAUUGUGCACAUUCAUCAAAUCUUUCAAGUCUUCUUUCUUGCCUUUCCUUGACGAGUUGUCAUCAUAUUUACUACCUAUGUGGGCCAAGGAGAAAACACCUAGUGAAAGAUGUACAUCUAUUUGUAUCUUUGAUGCUCUUAUGGAGGAGUGCCCUGAAGCAGCUCUAAAGUACUAUGAUGUAUGUCUUCCUUUAGUUUUGGACGCAAGCAAUGAUGAAGACCCAGAUGUUAGACAGGCUGCUCUUUAUGGACUUGGAGUUUGGGCGGAAUAUGAUCGUACUUCUUUCAAACACAUUGUUGAAGAAGCUUUGUCGAGCAUCAAUGUAGUGAUAAUGCAUAAAAAUGCUCUUAAACCUGAGAAUGUAUGUGCAUAUGAUAAUGCUGUUUCUGCACUUGGUAAGAUAUGCCAGUUUCAUGGUGAAAGUAUCGACUCAGCCCAGAUUAUUCCAGCUUGGUUGAAUUGCCUGCCUAUAAAAGCUGACUUGGAUGACGCCAAACAUGUUCAUGAACUGUUGUGUUCAAUGGUCGAAAGGUCCGACAGAGAACUUUUAGGUCCCAAUUAUGAAUACCUUCCAAAAGUUAUUUCAGUUUUUGCAGAGGUUUUGUGUUCUGAAAAGGAACUUGCUACAGAAGAAACUGCAAAUCGUAUGAUUGAUGCAUUGAGGCAUCUUCAGCAAACACUACCAGUAGUCACCAUGGAAUCAGCAUGGUCAUAUAUUUUGCCUCGGGAGGAGAUGGAAUUGAAAUCCAUUAUGUCACCUGAAGAAGAUGCUAACUUUUUACCUAUUCAAUGAAACUACUAUUACUGUAGUUUUUGUUGGAGCAAACAUUUUGAUGAUCGAUAAUUCUCCAAUGUAAUAUCCUAGCUUAUCUUGUGUGAUCACUCCAGGGGGAUGGUUCAGAUGUUGGGUCUGUUAUAUUUAACAAUCUUCGCACUCCCCAACUCCAGCACGCAUACUACUAUGUAAGUUGUAACAUUGUGUCAUUUCUUCAGCUAAAAGAGUCAAGAGUGUAUCAGUUGUUAGCACAAAGGAUUGAAGAUAUUCUGCAACAUCCACAUGUAUUAUAUACUUCUUAAAAGCACUACUCCUACAAACAUCAUUGAAGCAAUAAUUGGGUUAUGUUCGUUGGUAG